CGUGACUAUCCCAACGCCGCCAUAUUGCGUUUGUGCGGUGCCAAGGGAUCAUGUCGCAGGGUCCCCGAUUUUUAAAAUAUUUAUAAGUUUAUAAACGUGUCACAUGGAAUGUAGUUUGAUGACAAAAUGAAUGGGGGAGUGAAUGGCAGUAUGGAGGAAGUAAUGGAGGUAUCACAUCCAACUUCCCCUAAGGGCAAGCAACUUACCUCUGAAGACAAUGAGCUGGACAACUGCAGUGAAACCAGCACCAGUGCCGAGGUACACAAUCAUGUGAACAUUACUGAGGAGCUAACAACUGAAGAUACAUUGACUUGCUCAACAGAAAAUGAUAGCGAAAAUAGUGAUAAAUUAUGUGAUGUAAAAAUACCAAAUACAGAAGAAGGGGAGGAUUCUCAAAGUGAGAGUCCCAUGGAAAACCAAUGUAACAUUAGUACUGAGCCAAGUCCUGCAGCUCCAGAUACUGAGUCCACCAGAUCUGCUGAUAUAGAAAACGAUAAAUUUGAUGGUGAAAACAGUGAAACUGAGGAAUUGCAACAUUCUAAUGUGAAUUUAGAUAACAAGGAAACACAUAAUAAUAACAAAGCAGAAAAAGAGUCAUUGGAUGAAGAAGAUACUACAGCGUCGACAGAAGAUAAAUCUGAAGAUGUAGGUUUGAAUUUAGAUAUUCAAAAUGACAUUUGUGAUGAAGAUUCCUCUAAGGAAAAUGAAACAAAAGUGGAGGAUACUGACAUAGAAUUUGUUGAAAAUGAAGAUAAUAAAAAUGAACAAAAUGGUGAGAGUCAAGAUUACCUUAUCCUUGAUGGAGAAGAUGGGUUAGAGAAUGCAGAAGUUAUCAUAGAGAAUAAUAUAAAAAUUCCAGUCCCAGAAAAUAAAGUACAGUUACGUAGGAGCAGUAGAGCUAUCAAAAGAAAGAGAUAUGAUGAUGAUUUGGAGAAUGGUAAUGAUGUAUCAGAUGAGGCUGUACACAUAGAAGAUAAUCUAAGGCGCAAGUCUCGUCCAAUUGUGAUCAGUGACCCUAAAUCAUUAGUACAAAUGGCUGUAAAACAAAUGAAAGGAAAUGUAUCAAGUCACCAGAAGAAAGAAACCACAGUUGUUAUCUUAGAUACAAAUGCUAUUACACAAAACAAACCGAUACCUAUAAAAAAUGCAAAUCUCUUAAGUGCGCACAAUUACAUGAACUAUGUAGGUCGGGGCACCUCAAUUACACCUGUUAGUGCUAAAACUAAUUCAUCAAUACAAAGCAGUUCUUCAGGCAGUGCACAACCUCUUAUACUGCCUUCGCUUACAGAUGAUAUGUUUGUUGUUGAGGCACCAUCUUUCAUUGUACCAUAUGUGUAUGAGAAACCUUCAAUAAAGCCUUUUAGAGAAUUUGUUGAUUUAUUGGGUAAUGAACUAGAGAAACAGAAAUCCAAGGAGGAAAAAGAUAGUGCUGUAGAUAAAGACAAACUUGAAGCAAACAAAGAUGAGAAGGUGGAUGAGGAGAAAUCUGAAGCUGAAGCAGUAACUGCUGAAGCAGAGAAAGGGGCUGACAAAGAAGAAUUGAAAGAACAAGAUGAAGAUAAAGAACAUAAAGAAGAGAAAAAGAAAAGCAAAGAGGAAAAGAAAGCUGAAAAAAGGAAGAAAGGAAAUGAAGAUGAUGAUGAUGCAUCUUGGGAUGGUGAAAGCUCUACAGAAUCUGAUGAUGAAGCAGGCAGCGAUGAUGAGGAAAAAACAGUGGUGAUCAAAGAUAAGGCAGAUUUAAGUGAUGAACUGAAAGAUGUCACAAGGUUACCUGUAGACAAGGUGGUUUGUGGAAAGUCCGAUAACUAUUUUGACUGUUCCCUCGGUAAGUUCUUUAUGGAUAUCGGUUUAAACCUUGUCCAAGAAUUUGUACAAAAUGAUUUGCUCAAACAACAAAAUAGAAAGCUCUCCAGAGAGAAAAGAGCAGGUCAUAAUACAAGGGCUACGGAAACUUCUAUUGCAUCUCUAAUGAAAAACUUAGAGAUUAGCCAAGAAAAGAACAGUCCUUAUAGACAUAAACAAAACAAGUGUGAAUUUUGUAGUUUUAAAUCUGAGUCAAUGUUAGUAAUGCUGCAUCACUUGGAGACGCCGCAUAUGAAAAACAGUGUGUAUAAGUGUAACUAUUGUUCAUUUGAGAUACGAAGUCCCCAUGACAUACUGUAUCACAUGGAAGCGGAGCACAAUGUGCGCGGCAAGCUAGAGAGGGCUCCCGCAUAUCACCAAUGUGCCAACUGUCCCUUCGAGGACAACGGCAAGGGCAAACUGGCCCGACAUCUUCUGCCAUGCUCAAGGAAGUUCAAACCGGAAACCAAUUUGGCACCACCUAUUGAAUGGGAACCACCAGCUAAAAUACCAAAGAUAACGCGGUCGCGCAACAACAUGAUGGGUACAUACCAGUCGGCAUUCAAUCGAGGCGGAAUGGGUGUGCGCACUCCGAUACCGGGCGGGCUGACGCCUGUGGGCGCGGCGGGGGCAUUCAGGGCGCGCGGCCGCAGCCCCCUGUUACCCGCACCCCGUGCAGCCCUCCCCGCGCCAGUGCUCCGCGGCGGCGCUAUCAUACGACAGGGCUCGCCUUCACUACUACCCACAAACUUUGCUGCGAAUAACAAGGGUGGUAAAUGUAUGCAGCAGCCCUCAAUAUCUAUAACACCGCUGCCGCGCCAGCCGCUGCCCGUCCUACCUCAGCCGGCGCACCAGAACAAGGGCUCGUUCGUCAUCUGCGAGAUAUGUGAUGGCUACAUAAAAGAUCUGGAGCAGCUCCGCAAUCACAUGCAGUGGAUACACAAGGUCAAGAUACAUCCCAAGAUGAUAUAUAACAGGCCACCGUUGAACUGUCAGAAGUGUCAGUGCAGGUUCUUCACAGAUCAAGGUCUUGAGAGACAUCUUUUGGGGUCACACGGUCUUGUCACCAGCUCUAUGCAGGAAGCCGCCAACAAGGGUAAAGACGCCGGAAGAUGUCCAGUGUGUGGAAGGGUGUACCAAUGGAAGUUGCUCAACCAUGUUGCUCGGGAUCACAAUCUGACAUUAAAGCCGGCACAUUUAUCCUACAAAUGUACAGUUUGUACCGCCACCUUUGGUAUGUACAAGCAAUUCGAGAGUCACGUGUAUUCAGCACACAGUGUGGUAGCCAAGCGUGUCAUGGAUAAAAGCAAGAUUCCCCCGGCGAAACCCACCAAUGACUCCUUGCUCAAGCCACUCAAGAUCAACGAUGAAAUUACAAUCAUACCACAGUCAGCUAAACCCGCCUCCGCUGCUAAACAAAAAUAAGGAUCGGUGGUGGUACAUCGUGACAGCUGGCAGAGACACUAAGGGUACAUUCCCAAAAUUAUUUGUUCCAUCUAAAAAUAUAAGAGUAUAUUUUAAAUC